GAACGACAAAGCUCGUUGAUCUCACCAUCGACAACAGAAACCAAAUCCCGUCUCCUCUUUUUUUACCACAUGUACGGCCUACGUGGGUAAACUUCGGGUAUUUAUUUUUAUUUAUGCAUUUAUUUAUUUAUUUGUUAACUUUCCCAAACGGUCCACGUGCCAGUGUCAUGACAUCAGGUGAUGAGGGUGAACAUAAAUAAACAUCGUAUCACAUAUAUAAGAUCCCUUGUCGGACUGAAAGCUUUGGUGGUGAAGAUCUUGAAGUGACAAACCUAUAUUAUAUCAUAUUUUCUCGAUAUUUGUGGUAUCGAGUAUUUUCCAACCUAUUGCAGAAUAAUUGGCGGAAAAUGUUGAUUGGAAACUUUCAAAUUUGGUGGCCAUGUUUUAAUUUAUUUUAACUUCGUGCAUCCAUUGGGCAAUAUAUAACUUCAUGCCAAACACUAUACAGUAUAAUUUAAUCUUAAAUUUGACACAGCUAUAAAGGGUUAACCAAUUAUUUUAUAAAAUCUGAUUGCUAUUUUUUGUUCGGCCAAAUGUCCGGAAAAUCUGGCAUUCGAUCGCGGAAAAACUGUAAUUUGGUCGGAAAAUGUCCGACCGCUAUUUCAGGCUCUUCUUCGUGAAUUGAAACACAUUCAUACACUGAUAAAUAUAUAUGUAUAAUUUCAGGUCUACGUGAAUCUGGGAUAAGAUGGGAUUACCAGUGUGGAGUCUUUCUGGAGAACAAGGUGACAAAUGGAUCAAGCACAAGUGGUUGUGAACGAUCAAACGGCAUCAUAUCAGGUGAGCAUGUAGAUCAGUGAACACCAAAUGUAACUGAAUCCGAAGACAGCAGAUAUUGGUGGCUAGGUGGGUAUAGAAUUAAAAAUACCUGCUUGUUCAAGUGCUAAAUAUUUCUGAUCUACCGGUGAACGGAAACGACCGGACUUUUCUACUUUUCUUGCAGUAUGUAAUCGAAGGUGUACGUGGUAAAAGUUACGAGGGAGACAUUGCAAUUGAUGAUAUCUCGGUCAUACUCAUGGUUUCAGGUCCUCCAAGAGGUGAAUCACUUGUGUACUGAUAGCUGUGUAGCCCCAUGGAUAAUAAAAUAAAUGGAUAGGACACUAGCUGACGUCACAGUCUAAACCUAGUUGCAAUCUGUGACGUCACGCGUAUUGCCAAAGUCCUCGGCAUUUUUGUUGUUUUGCUAUAUUUUCUGCUUUAAAAGUUUAAAAGAGUAAUAUGAAGCAUAAACUGGUCUAAUUGUUUUAAAAACAUACCUAAGCCACGACAAAGUAUUCAAGGUAAAUGUUUUUCGUCUUUGUUUUGUAUUUUUUUACAUUUGUAGCUACGAAAUUGGCGUCACCAAUUUUAACGAAAUUUGGGAUGCAUUUUUCACUGUUUAGUGCUUGAAAUAUUUGCUAAAAUUGACUGCAAAUACUUAGAGAUUUCAUCGUAGAAUGGCGUAGUUAUACUUAUUUGCUCUUUGACUAAAAUGUUUAGCUGUAUUAUUGCUAAACAUGCCGUUUUUGAGAAUUUGGUUUGCAACUAGGUUUCAACAUCCAACCACGCCAACAUCCCAUUGAAAACAUCAGGUCACGUCAGCUAGUUUCCUGUCCAUUUAUUUUAUUAUCCAUGGUAGCCCGAAGUACCACCAAUCUUUGACAAAAUAGAGUAGGAAAGCUGGGUUUCUUCGUAGUUCUCUUUUGGUGCCACGUAUAGGUUAUAACAUAUUUUUACGAUUUUAGAAAAUCAACCAACGGUAAAGUCGACAAGUAAAAAGGUGACAACAACAAUUACUGUUUCCACUACACCUGCAAUUUCACCAUCUCAAAUUAGCUCUGAAGGCAAGUGAUGUUUUUGUCUAAUUAUACUUAAAAAUU